ACGAUGGCCAGAAAUAGUGGAUAAUAUUCCCGCAGGUUAUACUGCGAGUGACCACCCAUCUCUCAUGGAUAGAGUAUUCCAGUGCAAAUUAAAUGAAAUGAUAGAUGACGUGCUGAAAAAGCACAUUUUUGGGGUACACGUAGCUAACCUCUACGUUAUAGAAUUCCAAAAAAGAGGGUUACCCCAUUGUCAUAAUCUGCUUAUUCUAAGAGACGGAGAUAAAUUAACAGACCCUCGCAGAAUUGAUGCAUUCAUUAGUGCAGAAAUACCAGAUCCGCAAUUAGAACCGGAACUGUAUGAAAUUGUAACCUCUUUCAUGGUACACGGCCCUUGCGGAGAAUUGAACCCAGACUCCGUUUGUAUGGUGAAUGGCCAAUGUUCUAAAAAGUAUCCUAAAGAAUUUAGUGAACUUACAGUAAUAUCAGAAAAAGGGCAAGUCUCUUAUAAAAGACCAAACAAUGGCAGAACUUUGACGAUUAGAGCUAAUAACAGAAACUGUAUUUUAGACAAUCGUUGGAUAGUUCCUUACAAUCCCUAUAUCCUAUUAAAGUAUAAAUGCCAUAUUAAUAUAGAGGCUUGCGCUACUACCCAAUGCGUUAAAUACUUAUAUAAAUACCUAUUUAAAGGUGUAGAUCUGGCAUUAGUUCGCAUUAACGUAGAAAAUCAAGCGAAUUAUAAUGAGGUAGAAAACUACUUGAACGCACGGUAUAUGACUCCUCCGGAGGCCUGUUGGCAUAUCAAUCAAUUUGAAACCCAUAAAAAUACCCACACCGUUUAUCGGCUUUGCGUUCAUCUACCUACCAGGCAAAUGGUUCGUUUCCAACCUGGAUUCGAAAUACAAGCAUUAGAAAAUAAUGAAAUUACCCAACUAACGGCAUGGUUUCUGUUAAAUCAGAAUGACCCCGACGCCCGACAAUAUCUGUACACCGACAUUCCAUAUCAUUACGUAUGGAAUAGUAGAACUAAACGGUGGACCCGUCGCCAAAGGGGUGCUAACAAAAUUGUAACACGAAUGUACUCUGUGAGUAUACGUAAUCAGGAAUUAUAUUACUUACGUUUGUUACUUUUACAUGUUCCUGGAGCAAUCUCCUACGAAGAGUUACGUACACUAAACGGGGUCAUUUACGACACCUUUAAAGAAGCCUGCCAGCACAGAAAUUUAUUGGCAGAUGACGUUGAGUGGAAACGAACUCUGAGAGAAGCUUGCUCUAGAGAUAUGCCAUAUCAAUUGAGAAGCAUGUUCGCUUUCAUAUUAGUUUUUUGUGAAGUUUCAGAUGCUCCGGCGCUUUGGGACGAAUUCCGAGAUUAUUUCAUGGAAGAUUUCAGGCGCCACGGCCUUUCUGAGGAACGGGCUCUGCAACAAACACUUCAAUGUAUUCAAACCACACUGCUGCUAAACGGCACUAGAUUAGCAUCAUACGGUUUACCAGAACCUGCAGAAAUGGUAAUACGUUUUGAUCCUAUAAAUAUAGAAACCGAAAGAGUACAAGGUCAGGAAAUGUACGAAAACCUCAAUCAUGAACAAAGAACCAUUUGUAAUGCAGUAAUGAAUGCUGUUCAUGAUGACAACGAUCCCAAUCGUCUUUUCUUGGUAAAUGCCGCGGCAGGAUCCGGCAAAUCAUACCUGUUUCAAACCUUGAUCUCAAAGCUACGAGGUGAAGAAUUACCCGUAUUAGUAGCCUGUCCGACCGGAAUAGCUGCUUCAAUUCUAAAAGGUGGUCGGACGAUUCAUUCAGUAUUUAAAUUACCUUUUGAUAUUAACGAAACGACGACUACCGGAAUCUCCCCUACUACAAGUGAAGGUCGUUACAUAGCCUCAUGUAAACUCUUAAUAAUUGACGAAGUCUCCAUGGUGACAAAUCUUAUUUUUAACAUAAUCGAAAGGGCACUACGAGACAUCUGCAGCGAUAACAGACCCUUCGGCAAUAAAGUGACAUUAUUAGGCGGAGAUUUCCGACAAACCCUACCGGUAGUCGUUGGCGGAAAUAGAUGUACAAUAGUAAACGCCUGUAUAAAAAGUAGCCGACACUGGCCUCUAUUUACAAAUUACGACUUGCAAACAAACGUAAGGGCUAUUCAGAAUCACGAGUUUGCUACAUGGCUCCUGAAUUUAGGUAACGGAACUUUACAGCCUCUACGACGAACAAUAUAUGGUAAUAUUGUACAAAUACCCACAAACUGUUACGUUACCAGUGUCCCAGAUCUUAUCGAGUUCUGCUUUGAUGACAUGGAUCCAACAGUGGCCAUAAGUAGGGCCAUUUUAGUUCCAACAAAUAAUAUUAGCCAUUCCAUUAAUAAAAAAGUUUUGCAAAAAUUAGAGGGCCCGAGCAAAACUUACUGUAGCGCUGACUGUGUCGAUACAACGGAUGACCCGGCAGCCGAAGUGGCGAAUUACACUGUCGAAUUUCUAAAUUCAUUAACUCCCAGUGGACUUCCGCCACACAAAUUGGUCUUAAAAGAAGGCGCCGUAAUAAUGCUUUUACGCAAUUUAAACCUAAAAAAAGGUUUGUGCAAUGGUACUAGAUUAAUUGUUCGUUUGUUGGGAAACCAGUACAUAGACGCUGAAAAAACCGACAGUAGUGGCAGACCUACUGGAGAAAGAGUUUUUAUUCCCCGUAUAGACCUCAAAACAGGAGGUGACACUUUACCAUUUAAAUUAAAAAGAAGGCAAUUUCCUGUUCAGUUAGCUUAUACUAUGACGAUUCAUAAAUCGCAGGGACAAACCUUCAACCGAGUGGGUAUCUAUCUGGAGGAACCCGUAUUUACUCACGGACAACUCUAUGUAGCUUUUUCGAGAACUAAAAACAUAGAAGACGUUAAAAUUUAUAUGUUACAACGUCCAGAACAAGAUAUCACUGAAUAUACAGUCAACGAAGAAAAACCAAUUAUUCGAUAAAAGCUGGAUUCCACCAGUUACAAAGGCCAUUACGAAAUAUUUGACAUCGCCACUAUUUGAAGAAGAGUAGUUCCAUUUAUAAUGAUAUUAAAGCCAACAACAAAAUUGGAAAUAAACAUCACGACAAACCUAGAGUUUUAAUAGCAAGUCCGUCUCCACAGAGCCUAGCCCGAAAACAACAAGGACAGGUCAAUGGUUCCUAGCUGCAGCUAAGGAAGUGCAAUGUAAAUCUGUAACUGGUGGCCGUCAAAUACAUAAAUUAAAGCAUAACAACCUGAAAAACCAAGACAUCACUGAAUAUGCCGUCAACGAAGAAGAACCAAUCAUUGGAAAAGCUGGAUACCACCAGUUACAAAGGCCAUUACGGAAUACCUGAGAUCACCACUAUCUGAAGAGCAGUUCCAUUGAUAACAAUCUUAAAGCCAACAACAACAAUGGAAUUGAACAUCACGGCAAACCUAGAGUUUUAAUAGCAAGUCCACCUCCACAGAGCCUAGCCCAAAAACAACAAGGGCAGGUCAAUGAUUCCUAGCUACAGCUAAGGAAGUGCAAUGUAAAUCUGUAACUGGUGGCCGUCAGAUACAUAAAUUGAAGCAUAAUCUGAAAAACCAAGACAUCACUGAAUAUGCCGUCAAUGAAGAAGAACCAAUCAUUUGAAAAGGCUGGAUACCACCAGUUACAAAGGCCAUUACGGAAUACCUGAGAUCAUCACUAUUUGAAGAGCAGUUUCAUUUAUAACGAUCUUAAAACCAACAACAAGAACCGAAAUGAACAUCACGGCAAAUCUAAAAUUUUAAUAGCAAGUCCACCCCCACAGAGCCUAGCCCGAAAAUAACAAGAGCAGGUCAAUGGUUCCUAGCUACAGCUAAGGAAGUGCAAUGUAAAUCUGUAACUGGUGGCCGUCAAAUACAUACAUUGAAGCAUAAUCUGAAAAACCAAGCUCAGAGAAACAGAUCCUUUGUAGACAUCACUGAAUAUGCCGUCAAUGAAGAAGAACCAAUCAUUUGAAAAGGCUGGAUACCACCAGUUACUAAGGCCAUUACAGAAUACCUGAGAUCAUCAUUAUUUGAAGAGUUGUUCCAUUUAUAACGAUCUUAAAACCAACAACAAGAACCGAAAUGAACAACACGGCAAACCUAGAGUUUUAAUAGAAAGUCCAUCCCCACAGAGCCUAGCCCGAAAAUAACAAAGGCAGGUCAAUGGUUCCUGGCUACAGCUAAGGAAGUGCAAUGUAAAUCUGUAACUGGUAGCCGUCAAAUACAUAAAUUGAAGUAUAACAACCUGAAAAACCAUUUUUUUCCACAAAUAACAUUAUAUUCAAACAAAUAUUCAUUUAUUCUUAUGGUCAAAUUUUAUAUAUCGUAGAUUGAAAACCGUUAAGUUUUGAAUAAUAUUCCAUUUAAAAAAUUAUACUAAACCAUUUUAAAUAAUAUAAAAAUCUAACUCUUCCUUUUAUUUUCUCUUAUAUUAAAAAAACCUUAAAUACAAAUUUCUCAGUUAUCCCUUACAGGUAUUUAAU